AUGGAUACAUCGCUCGACAGCUGGACAUCCAGUGGUGAAGCUAGUGGUGGUCGUUAUGAUGCGGCCGAAGAAAGACCUGAUUCGGAUAGCGAUGAAGAUGAUAUCGAUGAACAAGGCCAUCCCGACUCCUUUGACAGUCUAAACACUCGACAGCUGCGCUCUAGGACGAAGUCCGGAGCUCCUGAUAGGGUUUACGGUGGAGACAACCAGGAUGACGAUGAGGAUCUGGACGACGCCGGGGCUGACUUGUUUGACAUUGGCGUGUGGGACGCCAUGGGCGUAUUGCACAGUGAAACGGUGCGCUACCACGACCGCUGCAGAUACUGCUCAACCAUCCAGUUCCGAGAAUUUGUAUGUGGCGAGACCCCUUACGAGACAGGCCGUGACGGCACCGGUAAGGUCCAUGAACUUCAGCUCCGAAUCCAGGAUUUCAGCCAGAAGGUCAAAUGCUGGCUGUGUCGCUUCCUUUUCCGCAUCUGCGUCCGCGCCAUGACCAGAGACACCUUCAGGCAAUGCUGGCAAGACGAGGCGGUCCUGGUUUUGAAGCAGGCGCCUGGGCUCCUUGCACAUCGACUAAUGAUAUCAAGCAGCGACCAGGGCUGCUGCAAAAUCGAACUUCUCGAGAGCCGUGACUCAAAAGACGUACCCACUGUCCUGAAGCGCUACUACGAGCAUGGACUAGAUGACUUCCUCAUAACAUGCCAGGAUCGGAACGAGGGAUCGUCAGCAUCAUCGAGAACAGUAAACGAGGUCUUGACGACUGCACUGCAUGAUGGCUUCCUCGACUAUGAAAUGCUGCUAUCUUGGGUUUGCUGUUGCGAAAAAGAGCACGCCGAGACAUGUAAUUUGAAAGUCGAGCCGACCAUGCGCGAGACGCUGUAUCUUAUCGACGUCGAUAGUUUUGCCGUUGUUGAGGCAGAGCCUGGAAGUAGGUACGUCGCACUGAGCUACGUCCUUGGAGGUUACCAGCCAAGUAUGAAUAAAGACUCAUGGCGACUCCCGAACCCUCUUCCUGAAGACGUUCCUCGGACCGUGUUAGAUGCGAUUUCGGUGGUUCAAAACAUGGGCGAGAAGUAUCUCUGGGUCGACAUAUACUGCAUUCCGCAGGAUCCCAUCUUGCGCUAUAAUAUCAUCAGGGAGAUGGAUUAUAUUUACGACGGCGCCUUCAUAACCAUUUGUGCUCUCACAGGAGAGGACGCGGAGAGUGGUCUGUACGGCGUGAGCAUCCCGUUUCGGAAGCCAAAUCAGGUUGUCACGUCGACGAAGAGCCAUGACUUCAUGGCAAUGCAGGUGCCACUCCUGUGGAUAGAAUUCGACGACACAGCUUGGGGCGGACGAGCUUGGACAUUCCAGGAGGCGGCCCUAUCCCGGCGGCGAUUGUGCUUCUCGCGCGUGGGAGUAUUCCUGAUCUGCAAGGAGGAACUGUUCCACGGUCUGAUAAAACUUCAAGGCCAUUCCGAGAAUCAAAUUGCAAUCCAAGUCGACAAGAAACAGAUGGAAGACUUGCCGUUUGAUAUUGACCUCAACCAUGUCCAGUGGGACUUUCGGGCAUACUAUCGAAUAGCCACCGCGUUCUGUGGACGGAGACUUACGUAUCAGUCUGAUGCCGGAAAUGCCAUUGCGGGACCUUUGAAUCGGAUGAGCGUCUCUUCAAAAGUCGAGUUCGCCUACGGACUUCCAACUCAAGAUCUCCUCAACGCAUUGCUUUUCAAUCGUCCCGGUCUUCCAAAGCGGUCAUCUGCCACGAGAGACACCACUAUGCUCAAAAGACGUCCUGGAUUUCCUUCUUGGAGCUGGCUAGGGUGGCAAGGGAAUUUGACCUACUCGUUCUGGCUUCGUGAGAGCAAUAUACUCUCAGUCUACAAUCUCGUGGGAAUCAUGUCAACAUAUGAAUACGCCGUGAGCGUGCGCCAAUCGGCAUCGAUCAGGUUGGAAAAUGCAGGUGGAUCCGAAAACUCUUGCCUCGUGAUAUCUUCAGAGAUGGCGCGGUUCCGCCUAGGUCGAGGGAGACGUAAAGAAAGGGAGAAAGUAGGUGAUGGCUUUGACCGUCUUCGCUUGAUAGCGGCACUAUCUCCAGCACCGAUAAUGCGAGAGAUCGAUCCAGACUAUUACUUGGUUGCAGGAUUAGGCAAUGAGACCUUUAACCUGAUGGCUCAUCCGAGUCAACGAAACGCAGUAAAGGCCGGGACCAAAAUGUCAGGUGAUUCCUCUGUUGGAGUGCUUUUGUCAGAUCAGAUUACGCCGAGCGGCAAAAGAGACGGUGAAGGCGAGACAGAAGAAAUUGAUCGCGGCGGUAGGUCGAGAAGAGGGGACGCUGUACGUCAGGAUAUUGAGAUUGGUACACAAGAGACAGCCGACGAGGACGGUGACGAUACCAGCUCCGCAGAUUCCCUCUUGCCGAAUGAAGGCGAACCAGAAAUCGAACCGCCAAUCUCUUUACAGCACCGUCAGCAUGUUUGGCAAAUGCUUGACGGGGAUGGAAACGUUCUGCCCUGCUCUCGAGCCAGGCUUUUGUAUGGUGAUAAAUUAGGCAACAUUGCAAGUACCGAAGACCUGUGGCUUCCCGACGAUGUCUCUUUGCAAUUUGUGCGAGAUGGCGAAAAGGAACUGGGGCUGGAGUUCAUGCUCUUGCAACGCUGGGAGUCGGUUCCAUUCGUCGUCGAACGUCUCCAACAGCGUGAAGAGAGAAAGGAGGUAAACGAGUGGUUUGGGCGUUUAUAUGACUUUGGAAGCGAGGUCUGGGCAAUGGGAAUUCGCAGGGUCAGAGAUGGACUUGAGAAGGGAGGUGAACUUAACGGCUCGGCUGAUCAAGGUGAGUGGGAACGGGUUUGUGUUGUUAUGAUGCCGUCAGAACAGUGGCUUGCUGCGAACCCCCAAAAAGCAACCGUCCGGGUAUUUUAA